UUUUAAGAAUAAUAAGAAUGAAACGCAGUCUCCCCUCAUUUCUUGGCCAUUUUAAAGGCGAGUCUCCACGAUGACUCUUUAGUUGGAGGGUCUUUUGACACGGUAAACCUCCGGGAAUCCCCUGAAGCCUCUGCAUGAAGGACUAAUCUCGAAGACGCAUGAGGGUUAAUUUCAAGCCCCCACUAUACCACCACCCACAUCUCCAAUUUGAAAGCCGCCUCUCUACCGGGAGAGGAAGGCUCUUUUUCGGUCAGAUGGCGUGCUGCAGUCCGCCCCCGUCAUUCUCCAGCCCACACAGACGGCAAAAAAGGCAGCCAGCAACCAAUACGGUGCGCCGGAGGAGGAUUUCUGCCAGUGAUAUCAGCCGAGGAGCGAUACGCAAAGGGGAUUUACUACGGCAAAUCUGCGCCGUGGAGGCUCUCGGCGAGAGUUUCGCUCCGGGAGUUGCGAGCCGUGACAUUGGAGAGAAUAUAUUCCCAGUUUAGGCGGAACAGAUCUUCACAAGGAACCUGAAAAGGUUCAUGCGAUUCCCCUCCGUUGUUUGACCUUUCCAGUGCUGUGUGCUAUGUCUCUGCCACGCACCCUUGGGGAGUUGCAACUCUACCGGGUGCUGCAGAGGGCCAACCUGCUGGCCUACUAUGAAACCUUCAUCCAGCAAGGCGGUGACGACGUGCAACAGCUCUGCGAGGCUGCCGAGGAGGAGUUCCUAGAAAUCAUGGCCCUGGUUGGCAUGGCCACCAAGCCGCUGCAUGUGCGUAGGCUGCAGAAGGCUCUCCGCGACUGGGCGGCAAACCCUGCCCUUUUCAGUCAGCCCGUCGCUAAUGUCCCUCUUGGGGGGAUCCCGCUGUUCAAAGUCGAAGGGACGGGCUCCAGUGGGUCAGCUGGAGGGCACAGAAAGGCUCUGAGCAACGGGCAACCUGGUUCCCCCUGUGAGAGAGAGGACCGGGCAUGUCUCACCCCAAUGUACAGCGGCAGUCCGAGAAGUCCCUGCUCCCAGGCGUCGCCGCAGCCGCCGGACACACACUACAGGGAAAAACUCUCCCCCAUGGACCCACACUGGCUCAGCCCAGACCCCGAUGGGAAUGGCGCUCUUGCCUCUGCAUCUGGAGCCGAGGAGGAACCGCACAGCCCACCUCUCCUGUCCGCAGGUCCUCCGGGUCCUUCCACAUCUCCAGUGCCCUCCGCGUCCUUCGCUCCAGUAACCCUGUCAGCCUGGCCAGGAGGGCAGCUGGACGAGGAGACGGCCAGGGCCGUGGUGGAGAGUGUGGAGAGACUCUAUAGGACCCUGCCCAGGUCAGACCCCACAGAGGUAAAGACUCUGCUGAGGAUGAACAAGAAAAUAGCAAAAACCGUGGGUCACAUCUUCAGAAUGGGCUCGCAGGAUGCAAACAAGGAGGAGGAGAUCCGGAAAUACAGCCUCAUUUAUGGUCGCUUCGACUCCAAGAGGAGAGAGGGAAAGCAGCUCACACACCACGAGUUGAUCAUCAAUGAAGCUGCUGCCCAGUUCUGCAUGAGAGACAACGCUCUCCUGCUCAGACGGGUGGAGCUCUUUUCUCUGGCUCGACAGGUGGCCAGGAAAUGUGCCUACACCUCCACACUCAAACAUGCAAGGUCAAAUGCUGACGAGAGCAGCGGUUUGUCUCAGAAGAGAGCGAGACACGAGGUCAUCGUGUCUGAGUCAUCGCUCCUUGGAGUGGAGGGAUCUGAAGGAGCGACUCAGAGAGCAGAUGAAGACAGCUUGUCUGCAGAGAGCCUUGACUGCGUAUCGCUUGACUCCAGCUCCCAGUGCAACCAGUCUCCGUCCCCCCGUCCCCACACUGACGCCUCGAACCCCGCCAGCUGGAGCCGCCAUCUAAUACAGCAGACUCUAAUGGACGAAGGCCUGCGAUUGGCUCGGAUGGUGUCACAUGACCGGGCGGGGAAACUCAGCCUGGGGCCAGAGGGAACUCACUCGGCAGGUGACUUUUCAGAGACUCCCAUACCUGGAUUGUUCAAUAUAGAUUAAACCUGUUACUACAAGGUAGAGGAAUGACUUAGGGGUUAUUUUCUAAAUUUCUGGAAGGCAUAAACAAAUGUGAUUCCAAAAAAGUCUUCAAUUUGAAGGUGGGUAGAUUAUAAAUGGGAUGGUUAAAGAUUUACGAAGGAAUAUUCAAGAAGUCUCUGACUUUUUCAGUUCAACCCAACCAACAUCUUACCCACGUUUAAAGGGACUUUUGAAGUGAGACGGAUAAGCAGUUAACAUCUGACCUGCGGUAUAAAACUCUCUUAGCAACCUCGUUUACCAUAAAUCAAAGGUAUUUGGUCCUUGAGGCUAGAGAAGCCAAGAUCAAAGCAGUCUUUUACCGUUUUGACAGAAAUAAAAGCUGCAGUGGUUUGUUCUGCUGAUGAAAUCAUGAAGCCUUA